GCAGUAUCAUGUCUUUGUGCCAGAUUUAGUGUUUCUUCUCCAAUGCUGUUUCUUCCCUAAUGCUGUGUGCGUACGACUCCACGGAUCAUCCCAACUCCACAUGCCAUAAAGCCUUCUUUUAACCUUUCUCAUGCUGUCCUUUUCAUUCUGAACACGUGUGUGCGUUGUUCGGAAAGCCAUUUGUGUUACAGAAACCUCCGGAAGAGACAUGCUGCAGUCGACACCGUUUGCCACGUGGACCGGUCAAGGGUCAAAGAAUAACGCACUAGAGUAAACGGUGCUCGUCAGCUACUCAUGCCUAGCUCUGUAUCCUCCCUCAUAUUUUAGUGCUAGUGACCGCGACAAGCCUUGGCGAUCAAGGAAGCAACAUCACCAUUUCAACAGCCACUUGCCUCCACUCCGCACCGUACCGGUCGAUCUCCGUCCCUCAACUGUCUGCAGGAACCAAGCGUGGGCAUGGCUUCCAUCUCCUCCACCACCUCCUUCCCUUUCAUGAUCAUACUGGGAUCAUCGUCGCCGGCGCGACGGGAGAUCUUGGCCGACAUGGGAUACGAGUUCACCGUCAUGAGCGCUGACAUCGACGAGAAGGCCAUCAGGAAGGACAAGCCGGAGGAGCUGGUCAAGGCAUUGGCUGAAGCCAAGGCUGAGGCCAUCAAGCUGAAGGUCCAUGACGACUGUGGUUCAGACCAGACUACCCUUCUGAUCACCUCGGACCAGGUCAUGGUGAGCAAAGGUGUGAUACGGGAAAGGCCACAGAGUGUAGAAGAAGCCAGGGAAUUUAUCAAGGGGUAUUCGGAUGAUCGAGCAUUUGCGGUGAACUUUGUUCUUGUAACCAACCUGAGCACUGGGGCUACAAAAGGAGGAUGGGACAUACCAGAGAUCAAAUUUCAGAACAUACCGGACGAGUUCAUCGACAGAGUGGUUAAUCAAGGCGAGAUGACAUGCGUGGCUGGCGGGCUUAAGCUGACACAUCCGUCAGUACUGCCAUUCAUCAAAGAACUGGUCGGUACGGCGGAUAGCGUUCGAGGUCUUCCAAGGGAGCUCACAGAGAAGCUUAUUCGAGAAUCACUGGAAGCAAAAGCGGAGUGAAUCCGUUUGCACUUUGCAGUAGAGGCGUUAGAUGUGAGCGAGCAUGGUGUCAAAAGAUCUUUCUUUUCUUUUCUUUUUUUCAAAAAAAAAAACAAGCAGGAGCACUGUUGAUCAUUUCUCCCUGCCUGGACGAACUUUUCUUCUCUCUCUUUUAUUUUUUCGCGAAAUACUGAGGAAGUCUUUUCAGAUGGGCAAUUCUGUGUUACAAAAAAAAUGAGGGAAAACUUGAGCUACAUUUACCAUAUGGUUUAUUCGCCGAGGCAAUAUUAUUCAUAUU